GCGAGAGGGCGGGCCUUUGGUUGGGACGUAAAUCAACGUAAACUGUGUGACAACGACACUUUAGUGCGUUUUCUCGGUUUUAAUUGGUUAAAUAAACCGGUUUUUGAGAGAAUUAUAUCUCUGCCUCCUUGUAAGUAGAUUAUUAGAAUAUAUAACAACAUAUUAAACGUCAAGAAUGACGGUUAACCUUGUUAAUUGACGUUAAAACUUUGAACUUUCCUGGAGGAAAAAGAGACAUUUUGAACGUUUUGGACCUCAAUGAUGGAUUUUAUCUCCUCAACACCUGAGCGCCGAGUCACCUGUGGACUUCCUGAAGCUGCAGAACCUGGCUGAAGCAGAGCUGCGUCAUGGCCGACUGCAGCGAGGUGGACGACCUGAUGAAGUGCUACUUCCUGCCCGUGUGCUACUCCGUCAUCUUCUCCGUGGGGCUGGUGGGCAACGUGUUCGCCAUCGCCAUCUACGUGGCGAAGCUCCGCCCCUGGCAGAGCAGCAGCAUCAUCAUGGUGAACCUGGCGCUGACCGACCUGCUCUACGUGCUCAGCAUGCCCUUCCUGGUCCACUACUACAGCAACGGGGACACGUGGACCCUCGGGGACUUCAUGUGCCGCUUCGUCCGCUUCGGCUUCCACUUCAACCUGUACGGCAGCAUCCUCUUCCUCACCUGCCUCGCCGUCUUCCGCUACGUGGUGGUCAUCAAGCCGCUGUGGGCCGCCACGGUGCAGCAGAAGCUCUGGGGCAUCGUGGCGUGUUUGUCCGUCUGGGUGGUGGUCGGCGCCGAGAUCACGCCCAUGUUGACCAUCAUCUCCGUAGACGAGCGCAACAACAGGACGGCGUGCUUGGACUUUGCGAGCUCUGAGCCGGCGAGGACGGUGUGGUGGUACGGCUGGCUGCUGACGGCGCUGGGCUUCCUGCUGCCCCUAGUGGUGGUCUCCAUGUGUUACAUCGGCGUGGUCCGCCAGCUGGCGAGGGGCCCCAACACCAGCAGCCCGUGCAGGAUGAGGGCGCGGCGGGUCACCGUGCUGAUCCUGGUGGUGUUCGUGGUGUGUUUCCUGCCGUAUCACGUCCUGCGCGUGCUGAGGAUUAAAACCCGACUGGACAAAACGGAGACGGAGACGGAGACGGAGCGGAUCGUCCACGCGGCGUACAUCGUCUCCAGGCCGCUGGCGGGACUCAACACCUUCUUCAACCUGGCGCUCUACACGCUGUCUGGAGAUAAGUUCAGGAGGGCGUUCCUCAGCGCCUUCUACUGGGAGUCCUGGACGAAGAAGGCCAGCUCUCUGCUCCGCCUCCACACCAUCAUCAGCAGGAAAACCAUCACAAAAAAGACACAAAAUGACCAAAAAAAGACACAAAAUGACCAAAAAAAGACACAAAAUGACCAAAAAAAGGACACAAAUUGACCACAAAAUGAUA